AUGGACUACCAACCAUACUACCUGCCAAUCACCCUCAGGAAAACUUUUGGGAAAGAGUGUAGCCCCAGUCCAAGCCACUCUGAGAUCACUGCUCACAAGAUAUUUGACUUCAAGUCUGAGGACAUGACUCAGAGCCCAGUGUCAGUGGAGAAAACAGAGUGCAACUGGGAUCUUAAUCCCCCCCCCCCCCCACAGCUCACUCUCAAGGCUGAACAGCAGCAGAAAGGGCUGCAUCUUGCUUGGAAGCAAUUUCCCAUCCUUAAUCACUAUCAAGACUUGUGGCCAGCAAGAGGUUUUGCCAAGAUGUACCUCAAAAACAAAGUUGGUACUGACAAAGCUAAGUUUGGGUUAACCACUACCUCCAAUCUUUUCUUUGUGUGCAAGUGGGAUGUUAAUGAUGACAGGAGCAUGGUGGGUUGUAAUCCUGCCAACUCGCUUCCUUCAUGUCACACUUCUUCAACAACAACAGAAGAAUUACUAGCUAAAAUCAUGAAGGCCAUGGAUGUCUUGGAGAAAGAUAUGAUGCAACAGUGCACUAAAGCUCAAGCACUUGCUGAAGAUAGGCAUGCCAAUCUCCAGGGCAACAUCAGUGAAUUGAAUGUGGACACUCUUUUUGUUACUGGUGCUUGA